AUGGCCGCGCAACCCUCUGCCGCCGCGGCGAGGUCUCGUCACCAGCAGGGUGGCAGUGUCAGCUCCAACGAAGAUUUCGGCGUGUUCGACGAUGCGAAGACUUACUACAACUCCGAUGCGAGACAUACCAACCGCUACCACGCCCGAAGCCGCACCUACUCCCAGAAUGGUCUAGUACAACAAUUCGAGCGUCUGGGCUUAGUAGAGCCGCAUAGGCGAGGAAGUCACGAUGAGUCAAGCAGACCGCAUUCGCGUCAAUUCCUCGUCAACGUGGACCACACGCUGGAGAUGCUGCAGGAACAGGAGGAUACCGACAGGAACAUGCAGAUCACCAUCGAAGACACCGGCCCGAAGGUCAUCUCCUUGCGCACGGCGCAGUCCGGAGGGCUCAACCGCUUCGAAAUCCGAGGCACAUACAUGCUGUCCAACCUUUUGCAGGAGCUAUCCAUGGCCAAGGAGUUUGGCCGUACUGAAGUGAUUCUGGACAUUGGCAGGCUCAAUGAGAAUCCCGUCAGCAGACUGUCUCGCUUGAUCAAGGACCAGUUCUGGGAUGGCUUGACCCGACGAAUUGAUGCCUCCACCAUCGAGGUUGCAGCCAAAGAUCCGAAGGACUGGACAGAUGAUCCCCGCCCAAGAAUCUAUGUACCCCACGCAGCCCCCGAACAGCUUGAGUUCUAUCAAAAGGUAGCACGAGAUCGUCCCAAGAUUCGACUGGACGUUGUGCAGCUGCCCGAGAUCAUCACUCCCCACUUGGUUCGAGAUAUGAACGAUAAGCCAGGACUGCUAGCUGUCGAAAUGGAGAGCAUCACCGACCCCGUGACAGGCGAGAAGACACUCCGUGGCCUCCCGUUCGUUGUUCCUGGAGGACGGUUCAACGAGCUGUACGGCUGGGACAGCUACAUGGAAUCCCUCGGAUUGCUUGUAAACGACAGGGUAGACCUGGCCAAGUCUAUGGUGCAGAAUUUCUGUUUCUGCAUCAGGCAUUACGGCAAGAUCCUCAACGCAACUCGGUCAUACUACCUCUGUCGAUCUCAGCCACCUUUCCUGACUGAUAUGGCAUUGCGGGUCUACGAGAAAAUCAAGCAUGAGCCUGGUGCUAUCGACUUUCUUCGUACUGCCUUCCUUGCAGCGAUCAAAGAGUAUUACUGUGUGUGGAUGGCCGAGCCUAGACUGGAUCGCCAGACAGGACUAUCGAGAUACCGCCCCGAGGGAUGGGGCGUGCCUCCUGAGACCGAGGCCUCUCACUUCGUCCAUAUUCUGGAACCUUAUGCCAAAAAGCACAACAUGACGUUUGAGCAGUUCAUUAGAGCCUACAACUACGGUGAGGUCAAGGAACCGGAGCUUGAUGACUACUUCCUCCAUGAUCGGGCUGUUCGAGAGUCCGGCCACGAUACGUCCUAUCGCCUUGAGAAGAUAUGCGCAGACCUUGCCACUGUUGAUCUCAACUCUCUCAUCUACAAGUACGAAAUGGACAUUGCCCGAACCAUCCGAAGUGUCUUUGGAGACAAGUUGACUAUUCCUGCCGAAUGGUGCGGUGGGUCUAUGCAGCCAGGCCAGGUUGAAACCUCAGCGAUCUGGGAUCGGCGCUGGAAGAGACGCCGAGCAGCGAUUCAUAAAUACAUGUGGAGCGAGGAGCAAGGCAUGUAUUUCGACUACGACACGAAGAAGCAGGAGCGAACCAACUAUGAAAGCUGCACCACAUUCUGGCCGCUGUGGGCUGGAGUUCCGGACCCGGAGAAGGCUGCCAAAGUGGUGAAAAAUGCUGUGCCAAAGUUUGAGGCACAGGGUGGUCUUCUGUCCGGUACGGAGGAAUCUCGAGGCCCCAUCAGCCUGGAACGGCCCAACCGACAGUGGGACUAUCCAUAUGGCUGGGCACCGCAACAAAUGCUUGCUUGGACCGGUCUUUACCGAUACGGCUAUCACGACCUGGCUCAGAGAUUAGCCUACAAGUGGCUUUACAUGAUAACCAAGGCAUUUUUCGACUUCAACGGCGUCGUCGUAGAGAAGUACGACGUGACCCGACCUGUCGAUCCUCAUCGAGUGGACGCCGAGUAUGGAAAUCAAGGACUCGACUUCAAGGGUGUUGCGAAGGAAGGCUUUGGCUGGGUCAAUGCCAGUUAUGUAUACGGCCUUCAGUUCGUCACCACCGAGGAGAGACGAGCACUAGGAACCUUGACGCCUUGGGAGUCCUUCGAAAGAGCUCAGCAGCUCAAAGAAGAGAAGUUACUUGAGGCUCUCCCGUAG